AUGCUACCGCCUGAACUUCUACACAUCAUAAUCCAACACCUAGACUUGGCCAGUCUGGUCUCUCUCAGUCAAGUGUCUCGAAAAUGGAGAGACGCAUUGUGUGACGACUUCUUCUACAGAGUUGCUGCUCGCGACUUCAACCUCGAACAUCGACGGUUUCCACUGAGACAGACUUGGACAUCAUCUGCCCAUAUCAUUUACACAAGGUGUGUUCAGCUCAUCAGCCAUAUGACAAACUCAUCAAAUAGCUGUGAUCUUGUACUUGUACCCCGUCUAAUAGAUACCCUCAACGACCGGGACACUACAAACAAUAAAGUCGAGGAACUAUCGGAGAAAAUGGCACAGUUGUCUAUUACCAAGUCCAGCCAGUUGAAAACAAGACUCCAUACUUCCCACACGACAAGCAACAUCACUUUCAACUGUCCGUUACCAAGCGACUUUUCUGUAUUGUUCCCUACUUACUCUCUGCAACAUCUGAACAACGGAUUCCAACAAUUUGAUGAUGGCUAUUGUGAUAAAUACGGCUAUAUAAGACUGACAGAUGACCCUAAGCACUACCAAUGCUAUGACAAACCCACACGUGACUUAUACACGUGCUCAAAUGGCUUAGUCAUCGAUCUACCCCAAAACUACAGAGUGGUUCCAUCCACGCCAACAGUCAAGUCGCGAGACGCCGAAGGGAUUUGGACCGAGAGAGUAGACUUUGAAAGAAUCUCACGUGAUGUGGCCAGUGACGUGGUUGUUGCUACGAGUAGCUCGACAACCGCGGUGUGGGUGUGUGUUACGGGCGAACUACGGGUCUUCUGGUGGGUUCCUAGGGAGUCACGUGGUCAAGGGACAGUUCACAGUUGUAAGAUAUCACGUGAGUGGACUCGAAACAAGGUGCAGCUUUUUGUCUACAAGAGUAUUGUUCUUGUUGCUGUCACUCAGAUUCAUUAUAUUGAUUGGAGUAUCCACAGCAAGCAGGUUUGGGACGUUUAUCAGGUUACUUGUGAUCAUCUGAAGGGCGGAGACGUACAGGUGACUAAAAUCCAGUCACAUGACUCUUCCUGGGGCAAUAUUCUCUGGUAUGACGGGUUGCGGUUGUGCAACACUCCUCAGUAUGCUUGUGAUCGCACCCAUGUGAUUGGAGAUACCAUCGAGCCGUCUCAAUGGGGUUAUGGCAAUUGUAUUCGGUUCAAUUUUGAUAGUGAUUGGAUCGUGGGAUAUGAUUGUGAUCACAAGUUGCGGUGGAUCCGAAAUUCGGUCACUGGAGCAGUAGAGCAUGUUCCCGAACAUUGUAUGAGUUUUGUUGGGGUGUCCAGGGGUAGGUUGAAGGUGUGUGUUUUCGAUAAGGGGUAUUUGCAAGAGAGAGAGAGGAUCAGAUCCACCGUAGAUGUGUAA